GUUCCGCCUCUUGACACGGACAGCCUGGUGGGGUGCAGCUGUGAGCCAUACUGUGACCCAAAUUCCAUAACAUGCUCGUGCCUCAAGCGGCAGCACGAGAUGACGAAGAAUUCGGGGCUCAAGGGCUUCAUGUAUCAGGAUAACGGCAGGCUCAAGAAGGACAUGCACGAGUACCCUAUAUUCGAGUGCAACUAUCGGUGCGCCUGCUACGACGAGUGCAAAAAUCGGGUGGUCCAGCAUGGCAGAAAGGUUGCCCUGAAUAUCAUGAAGACGCCUAGGAAAGGAUGGGGCGUUUUCGCGGAUUCCAAGGCUAUCCCCGCCGGGACGUACAUCGGGACGUACGCCGGCGAACUGCUCACCAACGAAGAGGGCGAGGAGCGAGGCCGGCUCUAUAACAAGUUUGGCCGGACGUACCUGUUCGAUAUCGACUUUUGGUAUCUCAAAGGUCCGGACCCGCUGACGUGGGAGUCCAUAUAUGUCUAUGACGCCUUCCACGCAGGCAACUUUACUCGGUUCAUAAACCACUCGUGCGACCCGAACGUGGUGAUUGUCCCGUGCUACAUCAACGAGGCCAAUAUCGACAAGCCGCUCUUGACCUUUUUCGCGCUGAAGAACAUCAAACCUCACGAGGAAAUCUGUUUCUCGUAUACCGGUGUACCGGGAGACGACGACGAAGAGGAGGAGGUUAAAGAGCAGCCUACCGAUGGCAUCUAUAUCCGCUGCCGAUGCGGGUCAAGGAACUGCAAGGGCAGGAUGUGGAACUGAUGUUUGCUUGGCAGGCGUUAUUGCUAGAUCUAUAAACGUUUUUGGCCGUGUAGAAGUACAACAUACUAAUUCCUCCUUCCGAUCGUCAAACGUCGUGUAUACACAAGAAUUUCGUUACCAAUUGCCCUGGCAUGCGUGAAGGGAGAGGCCCAAGCGAUAGCAGCUACAAAACUACAUAACGGAGACAUGAAGCAGGGAUUAUAUAAGAGUAAGAUAGGCUUAACGUCUAGCAACGCACGGCGCGUUAUCGGCGCUUGCUGAGUUUCUUCUUUCCGCCGGCGGCCGCCUUGGUGGCGGUAGUCGUCGUGGUUGUUGUGAUCUGCUCGACCUCCUUCGUCUUGGGCGUGACGAACCAGCUGGUGAACGAGCCGGUCGUUGCCGCGCCGGGCGGUGCGGGACUCGCAUCUCUCGAUGCGGCGCUCUUCCUCAAAAAGCCACGCUCGCGGCUGGCCGAGCGCGAGCCCGCGUCUUGCACGACGACCGGCGGCUCGGGCUCGGCGAACGAGCCGUGGUCGUGGUCCGAGUCGCGCUGCUUGCGAAGAAGGUUGUGGCCUCUGUCGUGCAUCAUGGGCACGUAUGCCGCCCGUGAGGUCUCGCCCGAUGAGCGCGUGCGGACACUGUCGCUCGAGCGAGCGAGCGGCGUCUGCGCGGAUGACGGAGGGGGGAUGACCUGCAGCGGCUGCAAAUGGCCCUGGAGCGGCGUCGGCAUCACGAGCUUGCGCGGGCGAUGGCUCGGUGGUGGGCGGCCGGACGCAGAGGUCGCCCGCGAACGCACGCUGGACGCGUACGCGCCGCCCUCGCGGAAGGUCACGGGCGUCGAGUAACCUGAUUCCCCGCCGAUGCUGCGAACGGAAGGCGCCGACGGAGGAGGGGAACGCAUGGCAUGCGCAGAGGGCUUGUAGGAUCCCAUGGGUCCGGAUGGAAGGAUGGGCGCGUGUUGAGGAGCUUGACCCGCUCCGGGCGCAAAGUCGUGUUCGCGAACGGUAUGCCUUUCCUCGUAGCUGGCCAUGGAACGGCCAGGAGGCGGGACACGGAGCAUGGGUUCUGGUUCGAGCUCGUCAUACACGUCGAAUUCGCCCUCGCGGUGGGCGUGGGCGUCUUCGGGAUGGAUGUAAUUCACAUUCGAAGUGCUGGGGAACAUGGCGGCGCUCGGAGGCGGACGAGGAUCGAUCGGCGUGAUAACCUCCUGCGCGUGGGUCGACGGCGAGACUCGAUGCGAGCGAACGAUAGGGAUUGACGGCGGGGCGUUGAGCGCGGAUGCGGCCUCCGACCGCGUGCGAGCAUGCGAGCCGGGCCCCUUGCCGAUAUUCAAGCCGACGGCCUCGUACGGACUGCUGUGGUGCCAGGCGUAGCCGAGCGGAUCGGUAUCGUCCAGCUGGUCAAUCUUGUCCGUAUUGGACGCAUUAGCUGUGUGGUUCGAGAGCAUCGAGGGCGCAGUGUUUGUCUUGGGCGGGGCGAGGUGCCGGGAGGAGGACGCCACGGUACGCGAGGGCCGGGAGAGGACCUCGAAGCCCGAUGCUGAACCGGAGGCGACGCUGUGCGUGUACUGGCUGCGUACGUGGUCGAGGUGGCGGUUGCGUGCAAAGGGCUCGGCGGUGCGCGAGGCGGAAGGAUCUGCACGCGAGCUCUGGGACGGUCCUGGAUCGCGUGGCUUCCAAACCGGAACGGCGCGGGCAUCCGGGCGGCGAUAGCCGCUGGUGACUACCGGCAUGGCGCCGGACACGAGUGAAGAGGUGUCGGGCAUCGAGGGCGGCGGUGCGUGGAAGGGUGCCGGUCCCGCUGCUUCGGAGGCGCGCGAGGUGCGAGCGGGAGGUGAGCCCCGCGGCGGGGAGCGUUGGCUGUCGGGGACGGAGGCGUAGGAGAGCGAUCCCACGCUCGGAUUUUUGAGGUGUCCGUGGUUGAGAGAGGUGGUGGAGCGGUGUUCGUGUGAGUGAGCGGAAAUCG